UUCUUAUCCCGUGUGUAUGUACGCGCCGUGUUAUGUUACUGAUUUUUGACAUUAUUUGACAUCCAAAGACUGACAACGGAAAACAGUGUUCGUUAUCGGGAUAGACUUUAUGCGACAGUGCAUCAGAGAAACAUCCCUAAAUGCUUUUUGAUCCGAUAUUUGGAACUUCCUUUCUCACGAUCUCGUUCGUGAUUUUAAACGUCAGAUUCAACAAUUAUCUCAAGGAUAUGUCAUGAUGAUUGUGCAAGUACCACACACGUAGAAAUCCCGCUGUUGGACACAUUUAAAUCCCCUACUGGAAUUUGCUGUAUCUUUCAUUCAAGAUAAUUUUAUAAUACAAGCAUACGAGAUGACUACCGACAAAGUCACUCUGGGCGAUGCUCUAUCAAACGUUGAUGUACUGGAUGAAUUUACAUUACCGGACGAACAACCUUGCAUAGAAGCUCAACCAUGUUCCGUAGUAUAUCAAGCAAACUUCGAUACCAAUUUCGAAGACAGAAAUGGUUUUGUAACAGGCAUUGCCAAGUAUAUUGAAGAAGCAACUGUACACGCGAGUUUGAACGAAUUAUUGGAAGAAGGUUUAGAGCAUGCCGUCAUGUUAUAUACAUGGAGAUGUUGUUCGCGUGCAAUUCCACAACCGAAAUCUAAUGAACAGCCGAAUAGGGUGGAAAUUUAUGAAAAGACUGUGGAAGUAUUAGCACCUGAAGUGAAUAAAUUAUUAAAUUUCAUGUAUUUUCAAAGAAAAGCAAUUGAACGAUUUUCCGGAGAAGUUAAGCGAUUGUGUCAUCAUGAGAAAAGAAAAGAUUUUGUAUCCGAAGCAUAUCUCUUAACUUUGGGAAAAUUCAUCAAUAUGUUUGCUGUGUUGGAUGAAUUGAAGAACAUGAAAUCUAGUGUAAAGAAUGAUUAUUCCACAUAUAGAAGAGCUGCACAGUUUUUGAAAGUAAUGUCAGAUUCUCAAACAUUGCAAGAGUCGCAAAAUUUGUCAAUGUUCUUGGCAACACAGAAUAAAAUUCGUGACACAGUUAAAGAAAAUCUAGAGAAGAUUGCAGGAUAUGAAGAAUUACUUGCGGAUGUUGUCAAUAUCUGUGUUCAUAUGUUUGAAACCAAAAUGUAUCUUACACCUAAUGAAAAGCACAUGUUGGUGAAAGUGAUGGGCUUUGGUUUAUUCCUAAUGGACAGCGAAUUGUGUAACAUUAAUAAGCUUGAUCAGAAAAAAAAAUUAAAGUUAGAUAGAAUUGAUAGAAUCUUUAAAAAUUUAGAAGUAGUUCCAUUGUUUGGAGAUAUGCAAAUUGCGCCAUUCAAUUAUAUCAAACGUUCGAAACAUUUUGAUGCGUCAAAAUGGCCGUUAUCUGCUUCAUCGAAUAACAUGAGUCCACAAGCUGAUCUUAUGGUACAUCUUCCUCAAAUAAGAGAAGAUCAUGUAAAAUAUAUCAGUGAAUUGGCAAGGUACAGUAACGAGGUUACUACAACAUAUAAAGAAUGUCGAAGCGAUACAGAAAAUCGGGAUACUGCGGAGUUGGCAUUACGUGGAUUACAGUUGCUUUCACAAUGGACUAGCGUUGUAACAGAACUGUACAGUUGGAAACUAUUGCAUCCUACUGAUCAUCAUAUGAACAAAGAAUGUCCACAAGAAGCUGAAGAAUAUGAAAGAGCUACACGUUAUAACUAUACCGACGAAGAGAAAUUUGCUCUCAUAGAAGUUAUAGCAAUGAUCAAAGGAUUGCAGGUUUUAAUGGCACGUAUGGAAACUGUUUUUAUUGAUGCAAUACGUAGAAAUAUAUAUGCUGAAUUGCAAGAUUUUGUACAACUCGCAUUGCGUGAACCCUUAAGGAAAGCAAUCAAAAAUAAAAAGGAUUUGAUCAGAAGUAUAAUCGUUUCUGUUAGAGAAACUUGCGCCGAUUGGCAUUUUGGAGUGGAACCACUCGGAGAUCCUGCAUUAAAAGGCAAAAAGGAUCCAGAUAAUGGGUUUGGCAUUAAAGUCCCGCGAAGAAACGUUGGUCCGUCCUCUACACAACUUUAUAUGGUACGGACUAUGUUGGAAUCGUUGAUCGCCGAUAAAAGCGGUGGAAAACGCACUUUAAGGAAAGAUAUCGAUGGCCAAUAUCUCGUUCAAAUAGAUCAAUUUCACAAAACCAGUUUCUAUUGGAGUUAUUUAUUGAAUUUCAGUGAGUCUCUACAGAAUUGUUGCGACUUAUCACAAUUAUGGUAUAGAGAAUUUUAUUUAGAAAUGACAAUGGGUAGAAAAAUACAGAAAUGUCAAGUACGUCACCAGCAUAAUGAAGAGUGCAGCGACCUGAUCACCAUGGAGAAGCGCAUUCAGUUUCCCAUUGAAAUGUCCAUGCCAUGGAUAUUGACCGAUCAUAUAUUAAGAAGUAAGGAGCCGUCGAUGAUGGAAUAUGUUUUAUAUCCUCUGGAUUUGUAUAACGAUAGCGCGUUAUACGCGCUGACUAUAUUCCGUAAGCAAUUUCUAUAUGAUGAGGUAGAAGCCGAAGUGAAUUUGUGCUUCGAUCAAUUUGUGUACAAACUUAGCGAACAGAUUUUCGCGCAUUACAAGCAGCUGGCGGCUAGUAUUCUGUUGGACAAACGAUUCAGGGUAGAGUGCGUAGCUCUUGGGGCAUAUCUACUUCCAUAUCCACGUGCUAAUAGAUACGAAACGUUAUUGAAACAGCGACACGUUCAGCUACUUGGAAGAAGUAUUGAUUUGAAUAAACUUAUAACUCAGCGUAUUAACGCGGAUAUGCAAAAAUCAUUGGAUCUGGCCAUUAGCAAGUUCGAAUCCGGUGAUAUAACUGGAGUUGUCGAACUAGACGGAUUAUUACAAGUCAAUCGUCUUACUCAUAAACUUUUAAGUAAGUGGCUCGCGCUAGACGAAUAUGAUGCUAUGUUUAGGGAAGCUAAUCACAACGUUCUAGCUCCUUAUGGACGAAUCACUCUUCAUGUAUUUUGGGAAUUGAACUAUGAUUUUUUGCCAAAUUAUUGUUACAAUGCUGCCACAAAUAGAUUUGUCAAAUGUCGCGGUCUACAAUUUGUACAACCAGUUCAUAGAGAUAAACCUCCGCAAAUGUCCCAUCACUAUCUCUGGGGUAGUAAACAAUUGAACUUGGCUUAUAGCACUCAAUAUGGACAAUAUACAGGAUUUGUUGGUCCCCAUCACUUUCGUACUAUAUGCAAGCUUCUUGGAUAUCAAGGAAUAGCUGUAGUUAUGGAAGAACUUUUGAAGAUUGUCAAAACUCUAAUCCAAGGAAGUUUACAUCAAUUUACCAAGACCUUAAUGGAAGCUAUGCCGAAAGUCUGCAAACUUCCACGAUACGAUUACGGAUCGCCUGGUGUUUUAGGCUAUUAUCAUGCUCAAUUGAACGAUAUCGUACAAUAUCCAGAUGCAAAGACUGAACUGUUUCAUAAUUUUCGCGAAUUUGGCAAUACGAUCCUAUUUUGUCUUCUGAUGGAGCAAUCUUUGUCGCAAGAAGAAGUGUGCGAUCUAUUACACGCGGCGCCUUUUCAAAACAUCUUACCGAGACCUUACUGCAAAGAGGGAGAAAAACCCGAGACCAAACAGAAACGAUUGGAAGCGAAAUAUGCAGCUUUGCAAAUUGUCCCGAAUGUGGAUAAAUUAGGUACCGCUAAACAAGCAAUGAUUGCCAGAGAAGGGGAUUUAUUGACGCGCGAACGAUUAUGCUGCGGAUUAUCGAUAUUCGAAGUUGUGCUCAGUAGAUUACGGAGUUUUCUAGAUGAUCCUAUUUGGGUCGGACCACCGCCAGCGAAUGGAGUAAUGAAUGUGGACGAAUGUACGGAAUUUCAUAGACUUUGGUCGGCACUUCAAUUUGUAUACUGCAUCCCCGUUGGUGAAACGGAAUUUACUGUUGAAGAAUUAUUUGGCGAAGGUUUACACUGGGCUGGAUGUGCUAUGAUCGUCCUUUUAGGACAACAACGUAGAUUUGAAGCGCUUGAUUUCUGCUAUCACAUUCUUAGAGUGCAACGUGUAGAUGGUAAAGAUGAGAAUGUUAAGGGAAUACAUCUGAAGAGAAUGGUAGAUCGGAUAAGACGAUUUCAAGUUCUAAAUUCACAAAUAUUCGCUGUGCUAAAUAAAUAUUUGAAGAGCGGAGAUAGCGAUGUGGCAAGUGUAGAACAUGUCCGCUGUUUUCCGCCUCCGAUACAUCCUUCGUUGGCACAUGCGCAACAACAUUAUCAUGCACCAGAAUAUUUACGUCAAAUAAAUCAUCAAUAAGCGAUAAUGAAAAGACUGUAUUUUACGUCAUAAUGGCGAACUCGAACAGAAAGACUCAAAGAAAAAAAAAUCAUUCCUUUUUAAGGAUAUUUCUAAAGUAUCUAUAAAAAAAACUAUUCAUAUUUUAUAUCGUCAAUGUAGAAAUAUAUUAUUUAAUCCAUAUGCUAUGAAUGUUACUAAACAAACAUUUUUUAAAGCGACCGAGAUUUAGAGAGAAAAAGAUUUACAAAUGAUUGUAAACGACGAAGUUGCUCAACUUCGUCUAUAAGAAUGGCACGAUUUCAUUCAUUUCUCAUGAUAACAUACAACGUAUGUUUAGAUAGGUAGAUUUAUAUAAGUGCUUUGCUUUACUUUAAUCAUUCAUAGAUAACAGAACUGGUAAUAUGUACGAUUAUAUCUAAAUAUAUAUUGAUUCGUCAAUGUAAUGAAAUAUAUAUGAAUCUAUUUUGUAAGAUAUUUCAAGUUUAAUUAAAAUAUGAUAUAUGAAUAUUAUUCAUAUCACAUGCGUAAAUUGUGUAGUACUUCUUAUGUAUUGAUAACUAUGUAUAAAAUGCA